UGGCUCCCAACUCUCCACAGCUUUUUCUAGAAUCUUCCAACAUCUGCACCUGAUUGGUUCUCAGAGAGUUCUGCAUGCUUUAUUGAAAAGGAACAUGGAGCUUGGCUGAUUGUUCCUUUGCUCAGCAAUAACAGAAAGUCGCUGUUAAGUUGUAUAUUCAUUCCCAAGUGUUGGCAGGGGAGCUACUUUGCAUGGAAAAUUGUGGAUUUUUUCAUGAUUACCAUAGCAUCAGCUUUACUCAGGGUAAACCUGGGAAUAAGAGACUUUCAAGAAACUUUGUCAACUCUUCAUCUGUUCAGGUGAACCUCAUUUCUGAACAUUAUGGAGAAACGUCUAGAUUUACCAUCAAGCAGCAGACAAAUCAGGAAAGCGGAUCUGACAAAAAGGCUUAUUUGGAUCACAGUGGUUUCCUGUCUCCUGUCUAUGCAUUUUGGCUACAACUUCUGGGUAUCUUAUUCUAUUACUGUGCUUCAGGACAACCCUUAUAACAUAACAAUUGAUGGAUUCAGCUAUCAAAGUGAAGCAAUGGUGGCAAUCGCUAUUGGUGUAUUCCCAUUUGGAGGUAUUUUUGGGGCAACUGUGAGUGCCUGUUUGACAGACAGAAUUGGCAGGAAAGGUACCUUGUUGCUGGCUAAUUUUUUGUCCCUCAUCUCUGCUCUGUUCAUGGCUUCCUCGCAUUUAAUAGGUCCUUUUGAAUACAUUAUAUUUGCCCGCAUGUACACUGGGAUGUGCGCAGGCAUGGCCUCCACCAGUGUUCCAUUAUACCUUGGUGAGAUCUCCCCCAGAAGUCGGAGGGGUGGCGUUGUCAUGAUGCCCCACUUCUUUCUAAUCCUUGGGGUUCUGUUAGCUCAGAUACUUGCUCUUAAGCAUCUCCUGGGGACACCAAAAGGAUGGCCUACAUUGAUGGGCCUUGCUGGAGUCAUGCCAUUGUCUCAAAGUGUGCUAUUGCCUUUCUUUCCUGAAAGUCCAAGGUAUAUACUGAUUCAGAAGAAGAAUGAGAGGAAAGCAAGAGAAGCCUUGCAGAUGCUGAGAGGAAAGGAUGAUGUGGAUGAUGAGAUUCAGGAGCUUUGUCAGGAGGACAUUGCUGAAAAAGCAGACAAGCGUAUGAGUAUGCUGAAAUUGAUAAAGAAGCGAAACAUGAGAUGGCAUCUUAUUACUGUAGUUGUUGUGAUGACUGCACAGCAACUUUCGGGUACCAAUGCGGUGUACUUUUAUUCAGAGAGAAUCUUUAAAUCUACAGUCUUGAAAGAUGAAGCCAUUGCUUAUGUCAGUAUUGCCACAACAGCAGUCACCAGCUGCUCAACUUUCUUAGGGAUAUAUCUGGUGGACAGUUUGGGACGAAGGGUUCUGCUCCUUAUGGGCUAUUUAGCCUGUGCCAUCUUCUUAGUUCUCACAGUCAUGUCCAUGGAACUGCAGAAGUCCAUGGAAUGGAUGUCAUAUAUCACUGGGGGUUUGAUUAGUGCGUUUCUCCUUUCGCAUGCCUUUGGACCAUAUCCAAUUCCAUAUCUAAUUGUUACUGAGCUCUUUCUUCAGUCAUCACGUUCCUCUGCCUAUAUGAUUGCUGGAAUUCUUGAAUGGCUUCUCAACUUUAUUACAGCAGUGUCAUACAUUCAUGUAGCUAGAGUACUUGGUGCCUUCAGUAUCCUGUUUUACUUUCCUGUCUGUGUUUGCUGCUUUGUUUACAUCUUUAACGUCUUCCCUGAAACGAAAAAUAGGACCUUUGUGGAUAUAAAGAGACUCAUGGCAAUCCAGACAUCCAAGAAGGUCAAGGUCAAGCAGGCAGCGAGUAAAUAGGAUUUCCAGAAGUGUUCUAUAUAGUGUUUUAUUUAUUCAUUUUAAAAUUAAAAUUUACUUUUUCUUUAAAACAAUGA